UUAAAUUCGAUAUUUUUUUAAAUAAUUUCCCGCAGGGUCCACGAAGAACGUGCUUCCCGUUUUGGCCCUCAUCCCAUCAUUCAUAUUCGCAUCUCAAGCGACUAGGAGGAGUACUACGAAGUUCGAGUCAAAAGAAUGCAGUGCAGUACGACAUGGUACGGUACUAGUACUUGCUGUAGUUUCAGGAUUUUCUUGAUUUUACCGUUCCACCGUACGUUCUUGUACAAAGGAUGACCAAAACGAAUAUGAAUAACAAGGAACACAAAAAAUACAGGACCUAUUUCGAAGUUGGUUCAUCGACGUUUUCAGUGAAGUCCUUUUUUCUCAUUGCGAACAAAACAGUUAAGCCGGAUUACAGUGACUGUGCCAGAAGAAUCGCAGAUGAAAACAACCGGAUAACUGGUAUUUCAAAGCAGAAUAUGGCGGGAGAAAGAUAACUCGACAGGCAAGGGUGGGAAAAAGGAACUUACGGACGAAUAGGAAAUCCGUAUUGUCUCUCGUACGCACAUCAUCAAUUCUCUCGUUCGCACAGAUCUGCAACAAUAUCAUGGAUCACUCCCAGGAGUUCAGCUCAUCUCCUGUGGGAAAUCACAACAAUGGCGGUAUUCAAGACCAACGAUAUCGCGACGGAUUGAUUCGCCUCGAUCCUUGCCACGUGCAGGAAGAUCCCCAAUCCUUGGCGCAGCCCACAAGAUACCAUCCCAGCACCGGCAACGAUGAAAUCACGCCACAGCAGAUCGCAAUGGCGGCAAUAGAGAUUCCACACUCUUCUUCAACAACAUAUAUCACAGGGCCGGGUGUAGCGUUGUCCGAAACGACGGUUUCGCUUCCACCAAUCCUGCGUCUGUUGUUUGGCCUUAACGGACUCGCUCUCUCCCUCUUGACCCUACCCAUUAUGUAUAUUCUCAACACGCGGGUGGAGGUUCCCCUUCCCUAUCUUCCGGCGUAUGGUGCGAUUGCCUUUUUGCCGUAUUCCCUCAAACCAAUGUACGCCUAUGCGAGUGGCUUGCUGGCGGUGGAGGCUCCUAACGAGGAGACCGGAUCGCCCACAACUUUCGCAGAAAGCAAUGCUAACAGCAACAGCCAAUAUCGCAAUGGCUACCGCCAUCUGCGGCUGUUUAGUGCGCUGUUGACCUGCAACAGCGUUUGCACGCUGUUGUUUGCUUGUAUUCCAAAAGGCGGGGUGAUCGCUGUCUUAGUUGUUGCCUUCUUCCGGGGCAUAACCGAUUCUUGGGCCGAGUUUUGCUUGGGUUUGACCCUGAUCGAUCACGCUCGAGCUCGGGCGAGCGAGGAAACAUCAUCGCCAUAUGACACGACCGUUUCGAAGCUUCAGGCUGAGGCUGCCACCGCCGGGAAUCUCGGUGCGUGGCUGGCCAGUUUUGUAACCUGCCUGCUGUUUGCCGUUCGGUAUGCCGUGGCACAUAACAACGACGACGGCGGAGAUGAACAUUCGCAACAGCUUAGUGGAGGCGUAGCAAACGCGCUCGUGUUCGUAACGGCUUCCAUGCAGCUGAUGGGUGCCUUCGCGGUGUUCCUGUACAACAAUGGCAGGCUCGCCUCCACGCGUUUAUUUGUAACCAAUCUGGUUGGAGGGUAUCGGGAACUUCGAACCACCGCAUCGGCACAGUUCACCAGCGAGGAUGACACGGAAAACGACCGAAUCGGUUUAUUCACAAACCAUCUCACGGCGGCUCCUACAGAGUUGGAUUCCUUGCGAGAUGAAGAGAGCAGCCACCCGUCAUAUUCCAGUUUGGAAGAUCUUGCCCACAACGAAGACAGCCUGAGUAGUACCUCGACGGGAAAUAGCAACAGCGUUAGUGCUCCCGAUAUCGUCUCGGCUACUAGCUAUAUCAGUGGGACUGCCGGUCGAUCACCUACCAAACUGUUCCAUUGGAUACUGGUUGUGCUCUUGCAGUGCAUUCUAGUAAUAAUUGCCCUCAAAGGACCGAUCGUUGAAUGGUCAUCUCAUUUUUUGUGGUCUGUCUCCAUGGGAACGCUUCUGUGCUGCAUUAUUCUUACCGUCUUGGCACUCUUCUGUGGGAAAGCAAAGAAUGGAAAUAGCCAGCAAACGCUCCGCGUAGGUCUCUAUUUGGUCCUGCGAAAUGCCGUUCCAAGCGAUUCAGCCAUCAUUGCUUCCUUCUUCUAUUCCUUGUUUGGGGAAUCCCAACCUUUUGUGUUGCAACUCCUCGGGUUUUUGGGAAUGGGCGUUGGCAGUCUCUCUUCGCUUUCUUACACGAAAUUUUUCUCGACCAGGUUCAGCACCGGGCGUCCCCUCCUAUGCCUGAUGGGUGGGACGGUUCUCAUGGCCUCGGUAGCCUCUUUGCUCAACAUUGCCGUCUUUCGAGAGUACCAGCACACGGUAGCACAUGCCGGCACCGAGGAUAGCGAUGCAUUUUCACCAACGAGUCCAACGAGCACGAAACUUUUUCUCAUCGCUGUACUGGCCAAGUUCGCGACGGCAUUUUUUGAGGAAUGGGCUUUUUUGCCAGAACUCGUCUUGGCUACGACCUCAGUAAAUAUCCCAAUCGUCCCACCAACAGAGCAAUCCGCGCAAGUAAGCAAUCACAACAGAUCAAAUAGACAAGAAGACACUGGUUCCAACAACGAGGAACUCGAGCUCAGCCCGAUAUCUCCCACCACAACCGCGUCUCGUCACCCAAGCAAUCUCGAGAGAAACUCCAGCUCGAAACGGGAAGAUGACAAACGGAUUGCCAUGGAGUACGGUACUUUAGUCUCAUGUAUUGAUUUUGGCGAUCAGCUGGGAUCUCUGAUGGCGGCGCCACUAGUGGCAGCUCUUAGCGUUUCCCGCGAUAACAAUUUUCUGAACAUGGAUCGUCUGAUUCUCAUUUGCGCGGUGGCUAAUGUAAUAGUUACCAUCGGGCUGUUGCCACUAUUGACGCACAAGAAGACACCGAAGUGAGAGACUGAAACCAAAUGAAAAGAAAUCAUUCGUCGUGACCACACGUCACGAAGGGAACGACUCUCACUAAUGCCAUCCGAAACCAACCAGUCAUCCAAAAGUGUUUUGAACCUCGGCUGUACGGUGACAUGCUAUUUACUUCGUAGCAUUUGAAUCAUUAUUGUACAAUUCUUUUGCCUCGAUUUGCUUCUACCUACAUAUUCCCUUUUUGAGUUAUUGAAGCGCCACAGCUGGGAGCUAACAGUGCGAAAUCAGAAGAUGCGAAACAACAAGAAGAACCACUGAGUAACGACAAGCCGAUCAAAUCAGAGUAGAAUGGACAGAACAGUUUUUAGCAAUCGCAGACAGAUUGUUUUUUCCAACUACUAGCAUCAAUCUAUAUGUACUACUAUUACGACUGCAGACAACAGAGGGGAGACAACUUGGGAGGCGCAUGAAAAACAUA